UCUGUGAAAGAAGCGGAUUUACCAAUGUUUACACCAAGUUUCUAGUAGAAACAAAAGGGGGUAUUAAAGAACAUACCAUAUUAAUUUCUUGUAAUUCCAUAACAGAAAAGCACUUAUAUAGUCACGUCUUCAAUAAAACAUAAUCACAAUAUCUCCGUCAUCGUUUUCUCAAUAGCCCCCACCAAACCCUUCCUCGCUAGCAUUCUUCCACUCCCUAAAACCUUCCUUACUCCUCUCUUCCAUUCAUGUGGCCCAACUGGUUAAGAUCGCCCUCAAGAUUUCCCCCCUCCCCGAGAUCACAACCUCCGUCACCAAGAUUCUGUUGCUCUUCCUUCAAGGAUAUCCAAACCCUCGUCACUGAAGAACCCGAACCCAUUUCCCCCAAAUCGCCCUCCCUUUUCCACCGGGCCCGGAUCUCCACUUCAGUCCUCCGUUCAUGGGCCCACCGCCAUGCACACCCAUCGACCAAUCAAUCUAUUUCACUGCCAACCCACCUGGACCAACACAUCAUUCUAUACUUUACUAGUCUCCGCAUUGUCCGCAGAACCUUUGAGGAUUGCAGGACCGUCAGAUCCAUCCUCCGUGGGUUUCGUGUCCAGAUAGACGAACGUGAUUUAUCGAUGGACGGUAUGUAUUUAGACGAGUUACAAGAGAUUAUUGGGUCAAAAAAAGUUACUUUACCAAUUGUUUUCAUCGGAGGAAAAUAUAUUGGCGGGGUCAAGGAAAUCACUGAAUUACACGAGAGUGGAGAUUUGAAGAAGCUGAUUGGCGGGUUACCGCUUUCUGUCACCAAUGCCUGUGAUACAUGCGGAGGGCUCAGUUUUGUUCUCUGCGAACAGUGUAGUGGGAGCCACAAGAUCUACACCGCCAAGUAUGGGUUCAAAAACUGCACUGCUUGCAAUGUUAACGGUCUGAUUAGAUGCCCCACUUGUGUUCCUUCGCUACGUAGGCGCAGGUCAUCAUCAUCUUAGCCCAGAAAGUCAAACUAAAAUUAUACAGGACAGUGUUUGGUGUUGUUUAUUUAUGGGAAAUCCCGUGUGUAUUUUAAUGGCUUACAUUUAUUUUCCGGGAUUUGUUUCUUUAGAUGUUUCGGAGUCCCAGCAAUUCUUUUAUCUUACCACCAAGGUUUAUUAUUUGCAAAGU